AUGCAUCCUUUCUGAAUCAAAGAUUGAGAAAAAUGUCUGAGGACGUUGUAUACUCGGAGGUCGUAUUUGUGAAAAGAAACAAAGUCGACAAGGAUGAUCCAGAUGAGUGUCAUUUAGGUGAUUCGUCUCGAGCUCCGCAAAAGGCCAAACAGUGUUGUGACUGGGUUCGAAUGGUGCUGCUGCUGCUCUGUAUUCUCCUCACGGGCGCGCUGGUCGCACUCAGCUUCCAGUGUGUAUAUACAGAGAAAAAGCUUGAAGAUCUUCAACAGGUCCACAAUGUGCUAAAUGAGAACUUAACAGCAGUGCUUCAAGACAUGCUUCACUGUACACAAAAGUUGUCCAAAGCUCUGUAUGACAGUGCAUGUCCAAAGAACUGGGAGUAUCAUGCAGGAAAAUGUUACCUUUUCUCCACAAACAAACUGAGCUGGACUGAUAGUCGAGAUGCCUGUAUCUCAGAUGGCGGUCAUCUGGUGAUUAUAAACAGCAGAGACGAGCAGGAGUUCCUGAUAGGCAUUAUAAAAAUCGAAGUGUCAUUCUGGAUCGGCCUCACAGAUGAGAAGUUAGAGGGUCAAUGGCUAUGGGUAGACAACACAAAUCUUUGCAAAGAUAAAAGUUACUGGACUAGAAAGGAACCAGAUAACUGGAAAGGACAUGGGGGAGAGUACCCCAGCAGAGAGGACUGUGCUCACAUACAUAAAAACUCCAUCCAGGAUCUUAAGAGCUGGUUUGAUGCUGUCUGCAAUAAAGCACUCAGAAGAAUAUGUGAGACCAGAUCCUCCAGACAAACAUAGUGGCCGUGUUAAGUUGUGUGUCAUCAGAAGCAGAUUAUUUGAAAACAAAAAUGUGGCUUAUGACAAGGGAAUAUCAGUCCAGUAUAUUUACUUUAUGGCCCAGCAUCGGUGUCGCAUAAGCCCCUGUUGCUUUUGUUCGGCUGGGGGUCUGUGGAACCUCAAAGAACUUUGGUAAUAAGAUGCGUUUGGAAAAGACUGAACAGACAGUUUUGCUGUACUUUUUUUUUUUACUCGCUUCUGCUAGGAAGCUUUGAGGCCUUGAGUUCAGCGAAGUAACGGAUUUGAAUCUGAGCUCUAAAAUUGGCCAUAAAUAAUAAGUGGAUCCUGUUGCAAAAUAAUAAUAAUAAAAAAAAAAUCCUUCAGGCCUUCGCUUGGGCUGAUACGUGUUGGUGUCUUUUUAAUAUUUAGCCCUGUCUUAGGCUUUUUACUUUGCUUACUAUGAGAGUGCCUGGAUUUGGAUUUCUUUUGUAUUUUGCAACAGGAUCCACUUAACAUUUUUGACAUUUCGUUCCCUCUCUGGAGCACCCAUAGUUUUGCCUGUAAGUCCCUGAUUCACCCCUGGUCAAGAUGGUUUCAUUAUUACCCAAACUGGCCAUAUUGGAUUUCAAAAAGAUAUUUCGCUGCUUUUAUUCAAUUUUAUUGUCCAAUUUUCACCCAAGUUGCCUGAAAAAGAUCCUGUGACUAAACCAUGCAAAAGUUAUAUUUAAAACGUAGCAAACCACUUCUUUUCAAAUCAGAUGUCUGUCAAAGAAUUGAAAAUAUUUGUAAUGCUCCAAACCAUUUUUCUCAAGUUUUCUAAAAGUGAAAACUGUUUCAAAGUAAAUCCUACACUAAUUGUUUUUGGUGUGGAUAUGUUUGCUGCAGCAUAAAAUCUAUUUUGCCUGCCAUGCAGAAAGUUUAUUUGCAACAAACAGUAAAAAAAAAAUUUUCUCAUGUGCAUCUCUUGAUCACAGGCAGCUUUAUCUUUUCAGUCUUUUCUAAAUAUAUGAACAGGUAUAAGUAAAUUAAAUUAUUUCUAAAAUCACCACCAGCGUGACAUGACAAACAAAAAAAGGUGUGGGUUAAUGCAUCAAGUGUUUCUGUGCAAGUAAAAAGGUGAUUUUUGUACCUCUUUUCAGACAAUAAAGAUAAAAGAUGUGCAGAAUCAGUUUCACAGUCUUUUUUAUCCAUUAAAAAAAGGCAUCAAGAGUCAAUUUCAGGAACAU